CCACCCACUUGCCAGCCCGCCGGAAGAAGCAUCACCAUCCGCCGCACAGAUUUCUGGUCGAUUGAGCAGCUUUCCGGUUUGUCGUUUCGUUUACGCAACGUCGAUGUUCCGGUUCGAUUGGGGCGUUCGGAAUCAAUUUUGACGACCCGUAACAUAAUUACUUUCCCGCCUCGAACGAGCGCUGUUGGCAAGAUAGUGUUUUGUUAAUAUAAAUACUCUGUACACUCGGUGCACCGAUACUCAUUACCGACUUGCUCACUGUGUCGACUGUGUAGCCAUCGAUUAUUGCUCUGCAACAAUGAAGCUUGUUCUGGUCGCGUUAUCUACCGUGAUGGUGAUUAGUGCGGGACUAUCGCUCAAACCGAGCCCCCGGAGGGACAUCGCGUUCCCCCGGCACAUGCCCAGCCUGCCCGAUCCGGACCGUGACAAGGGAACGGAUGUGGUGCAUUCGAACCAGCUCCCCCCGCACGGUGCCAAGCCGGCCAGGCUGCGUGUGAGUGAUACGCGGCGCAGCAAGAAGGUGAAGCAAACGUCGAGCAGUAGCUCCAGCGGGGAACAUGAAAACACACGCGUGACGGAGCGUAAACUGCACACGAAAAUUGUGCACGUACCGGAGCCGUUCGUGGUGCAUGUGGAAAAGCCGUACCCGGUGUACAUCGAAAAGCCCGUGAUAGUGGAAAAGCAUUUGCCGUUGCAUCUCUACAUAAAAAAGAAGGAGACAAAACAUCACUGAGCUUGUACUGCAGUGAAGAAGUUUAGAUGUGUAAGAUGAAACAUAUUUAUUGGAGACUGUGUUCCGGUUUGAAUAAAAUAAAA